GUUUCCCCGUGACUAAUGCAGGUGUGUUUGUCUUCCAGGCGUGAGAGGGCGUUGUACCGUUACUGCAGAGCCAGGUCCUGGGUGGCCUCCAGAUGGACGUGGUUACAAGCGCAGGUGGCCGACUUAGAAUAUAGAAUACUUCAACAACAAAAAAUAUAUGCGCAUGUACGCAACAAUAAAGGUGCAGUACAAGUGGAAGAAGGGAGUAGAUGGAGAGGGAUGACCUUGCGUGACCCAGCUCAUCUAGAUGUCCAUGACCCUGCCCUCACUUGCCUUGCUGCCCCAACUUCUCGCACUACUGUCAAUGGCUAUCAUGGUCGGAUAGAUGAUGGUAUCAGUGGGGGUGUCAGCGAUUCUUCCUUCGUCUCGGCUCGCACACAAGGGUUAAGAGCUAUCAAGAGACGACGUUUAGUGAGGGCCGGAGCAGGACUCUGUGCCAGUCACAGGAGAGGAGCUGGGGGAGGCCGUAUUCCAGCAGUGCAAUGCAAGUGUGUCCUACCUUUAACAUGUGUCUUAUGCACACGUCUCCAAGGUAUAGUUCCUCCAACAGCCCCUCCAGACCCAGACACACAGCCUUGGAAUGAGAGACAUGCGCGAGUAGAUCCUACCUUCCACCCAGUUCUCUCUCAACCUGCUGAUGUGUCAUUAUCAGAACGUUUUGAUGCUAUACUGAAAACAACCGAUUGGCAGAGACAAGUUCUGACAGCCAAGACCCUCCAGCCUCUACCUGUUACCAGAACAAACCGGGAAACAUUGCAUGUGGAGAAGAAAAAGAAGAAGGAUAAAGAUCGUAAAAAAGAAUAUAAAAAGCAUAAGAAGGAAGGAAAGGGAAGAAUAACAUUAAAAUUAAAGAAAUCCUUACUAACAGGGGAGGUGGUAAGAGAUGUAGACUACAAAAGAAAACGUAUUUCUGCGCAGGAAGCUUUAUUAGCAAUCAAAAGAGUUCGGGUUGACGAAGAUGACGACGCUAGCUCCGUGUAUGGAAGCAGCCUUCACUCCUCUCCUUCAGCAAGUCCUGCACCCAUUGACCGGUCAGCUCAUAAAAGACACUCGUCAACUUCUAGCCAAAAAAUGAAACAGAGUACGAGUUCCAAUUCUUACGACAUAGAUAACAUUGUAAUUCCAUAUAGUAUGGCAGCCUCAACUCGCGUUGAAAAGUUGGAGUAUAAGGAGAUCCCAACUCCUAAAUGGAGGAUAGUUCCCCUUAUACCAAAUAAUGUUCACAGCGGUACUAGUCAAGAAGAUGAGUUUGAGGAAGAUGUCAGUGAAGAAGCAACCCUUGCCAGACACAGUCGUAGUGAAGAAUUGGAGCGCAAGAAGUUCCUUCAACAUCUCCAUAUGCAAGUUACCUCCAGGUCCUCGAGGUCACGACGGACGGACUCCUCAGGAACUAAUACACCAGACCAUCCGUUGUCUCCAAGGCCACCUGAUCCAGCAAGUGACACCAUAUCGCCCUUAGCAACCCCUCCCACCACACCUCUAGCUCCUUCUGAAGACUCCAAUCAAUCUUCCUCCCUCUCUGCAGUCCCAGCAGUCUCUAGUGCUUCAGCUUUCCCAACAUCAAGUUUAUCCAUCACUUCUCCCAUGUCUACAUUAUCCAAUAGUACCACACAACUCUCUGGGUAUUCUGGCAAUUCGCAAUCCCAGUCUGGCCAGCUUCUUGUCCACAACUCCCAGCUGGGAGGAUGUAUAUACAACCCCUUAACUUCAUCUACAUCCCAAGCCACAACCACCUCACUAAGCACCUCUGCGCCACUCACCACUUCCACGUCAUCUUCCACGCCAUCUUCACAUCUGCCUGGUAGCCGUCGUAACCGCACCUUCAGCAGUGGAAGCAGAUCUCGGGGAUUCCUUGGCUUGGAUGACAGUCUAACAGAAAGAAUGGAGGGUGUAGUUCCAUAUGAACAACGUGUCUUCCCACUGAACAAUGCAGAAUAUAUGAUUAUGGUGAGGGAGACAGAUGACUGUGAUAUUGGCCCCCCCAGCCCUCCGUUAGACUCCUCCAGUCAUGAACCCAUCAAUAUGGAAGAGAGUGGGCGUAGCUCUCCAAUGAGUGAAGUUACUGAUUCAGCACCAGAGGAUGAUGGUCAGUUUGAUGAUACUGCUGAACCUAAAUGGACCAUCUCUGGGUUGAAGGAUGCUACUGGGCAAUGUGUGCUGCAGAUUCAUCGCAACUGAUGGUGGCAUAACUUGGAAAUUCCAACUUCAAGAACUUAAAAGGCAUAAAAAAUGCAUGGGCAAAGCAGAGCUAGAAAUAAGUCCAAAACCAAAGAAAAGGACAAGCAAAGUUUGUUGUUUAGAACUUACGUAUUCUACUUACAAUAUUGCACAUGAGGUGUACGGAAAUAUGAAAUGCUGAAUCUUCAUAAAGGCAUGUAUAGAAGGAUGUUCAUAAAUGUAUUUAAUAUGGCUAUAGGAAGAAACUUUAAAAGCAUUGAAAGCUUCUUUAUAUAUGCAGUACUACAUGUUCUGGAUUAAGUGAUGCCUUGUAUAAAGUGUGUGAAGAGUACAGUUGGGCAUGCAUCCUCAAGGGAAAAAAAAAGAUCAUAUGUAGAUACACUGGUAAAUUAAAAUUAGAAUAGAUAAUAACAAAAUGUUUAUUAAAUUUAUCAUUGUAUUAGUCAUUGGGAUUUUGUUUUUGAUGAAUAUGAACUAAUCAGAAUGAUAUGAUGAUUAAAAAAAAAAAAAAAAAAAAAAUACAUAUGAAAAAAAAGUCAUGAGGAACUGCUAAAUUAAAUUUGAAAAAUAUGUUAGGAUUGAGAUAUCAUUAGCAAGGUAAGGGGUAUGAAGAAUCACAAGGUUGUUUGCACGUGAGUUAUGAGGAUUCAGCAAGGCUCAGCAAUCUGUGAUUGUUCUUCACUUUUUUCUUUUUUCUAUUUCUUCUUUCUUUAUUUUGUAUAAUUUUAACGAGCAAGUGCGUGUGGAAGGUUAGUUCUAGAUAGGUUAGUCAAGACGAUUAAUGGAUGUAGUGUAGGUUGCUUGAAUGAGCAGUUGAGAUAGAUAGUUUAAGAUGUAGACCGGUGGUAGAAGCAUAGAGAGAAUGAUUGAGUAAAGUUAUACUUUGGAAAGUGUUAUAUGCAUUCAACCUAAUUGAAAGUUUUUGUUUAAUAAGCAUCAGAAGAAAUUGUUGUUGCUUUGUAUUAGGCAUUGAAGGCUUAUGUUGGUAAAUUAAGACCUAUAGUGUGCCAUCCAAUCUGGAUUAUUUGAAUGGAAAUAAUAUUACAGGCAGUUGUUUUCUGGUUAUGAAAAGGGAAUUACUUUUGUUCUUUAUUGUACUGAAAGUGUUAUUUAUUUUAGUAUUUCAUGGGUGUAUCAUAAAACAGUUUCGAAAGUCUAGAUUUAUGGUACAUGAUUAAUUUAUUGUAUGCACUGCCAAAGAUCAUCCUUAAUUACCAUUUAUAUACCCAGUGAUUCUGAAAGUGGAAAUUUUGUGGUGAGAUGAUCAGUAUGUACAGGAGUGGAAUAUUCAAACAUACCUGCUUGUAAGAAUCAGGUAAUUUGUCUUGUAGUAACUACGAUAAUCACAAAUUAUCUUGCUAUCAGUAAACAUUAAACCACAUGACAAGUUUGAUGUAGAAGCUGGGAUGUUAGAACUUAGACAUCAUGAAGGCUGGUGUAUGCUUAGCUGCCCAUUCUAAUAUAUAACUGUAUAUUGAUGCUUUGUCUUAUAAAGGAGACACAAGUGUCAAAUCUUGAUCUGUAUCCUUUGCUCAUUAGUUUGCAACAUGUAAUAGAACGUCAGAAUUAAAAACAAAAACAAAAAAAAAGAAUUGUGUAUUUGCAUGAGGAAAAUAUGGCCUCAAGACUCGUCGGUCCUCUCUCGAAUGUGCUGUGCUUUACCCCUCCAAUGGUUACACAGCUAAUUAUACGCUUAUGUAAUCUGUGUCAUGGACUCUCCCAAUAGCUCAUUGUAAUCUUGUUUGUACUUUUUGUUUCCACUUUCAUAGAAGAAAUGACGUGUUCAUCUUUACUAUUAUUGAAUUGUUCCCUCUCCCUUGUUUUCCUUGAUGUAGGUGGUCACUGUACCUAUUUUUCUGUUUUUAGUCUAGAGGACUAAUAUGAGGUAUUCUUACCAAUUACGUUUUGCUUUGUUUAAAAAUGGUUGCUCCCAUGGGGCCUUGUAAUAAAGUUAUUGUAAAAUAA